AUGUUCCCUAGCCCUGUGACCACCACGCCCUUCUCGGUCAAGGAUAUUUUGAACCUGGAACAGCAUCAGAGCGGCCUGGCCUCCAUGGAGCUCUCUUCGCUGUCCUCCCCCUCCUGCAUGGAGCUCGGGAGGCCGAUGGCAUCGCUGGGGCUCGGCCGCGUGUGCGCUCAACUGUGUUCCCUGCACAAAAGCCUGGAGCAGGAGAAGAGAGACCUGGAAGAUCCCGAGCGCCCCAGACAGAGGAAACGGAGGAAACCUCGCGUCCUCUUUUCUCAAGCCCAAGUCUACGAACUGGAGAGAAGGUUCAAGCAGCAGAAAUACCUCUCAGCUCCCGAGAGAGACCAUCUAGCGAACGUCCUAAAGCUCACCUCCACCCAGGUGAAAAUUUGGUUCCAGAACCGAAGGUAUAAAUGCAAAAGGCAGAGACAGGAUCAGACCCUCGAAAUGGUGGGCAUCCCGCCCCCCCGGCGGAUAGCGGUGCCGGUGCUGGUGCGCGAUGGGAAGCCCUGCCUGGGGGAGUCUUCUCCUUACAGCUCGCCGUACAAUGUCAGCAUUAACCCCUAUAGCUACAACGCCUACCCCGCGUACACCAACUACAACAGCCCCGCCUGUAACGCCAACUACAACUGCAACUACCCGGCCAUGCAGACCGUGCAGCCCUCGGCGCCCGGCAACAACUUCAUGAACUUCAGCGUAGGGGACUUGAAUUCAGUGCAGACGCCCAUCCCGCAGGGGAACGCGGGGAUCUCCACGUUGCACGGGAUCCGAGCCUGGUAG